CACAUGCUGAGUUCCUUGACAAGGGUUUUUUCUGCAGGUAUAACUCAAGGUAUAGCCAGACUGAUGAGCUCAGAGCCUGUUGCUAAGAAACUGUGCACCAUGAAGAAGAUAGGGACGCAUAAUGGUACAUUUCACUGUGAUGAGGUACUAGCCUGCUUCCUACUAAAACAGCUGCCAGAAUAUACAGACGCUGAAAUAAUUAGGACACGUGAUCCAGGGACCCUAGAUACAUGUGAUAUAGUUGUAGAUGUUGGAGGAGUAUUUGAUCCUGAGAAACACAGAUAUGACCAUCACCAAAGAACAUUCAGUGAAAAUAUGCACAGUCUACGACCAGAGAAAAAAUGGGUAACCAAACUGAGUAGUGCAGGUCUAGUAUACCUCCAUUUUGGUGAAAGAAUCAUUGCAAAAUUAAUCGCAAAAACAGUUGAUGAUGACAUCACAAAGACAAUAUAUGAUAAGGUAUAUGAACAGUUUGUUGAAGAGAUUGAUGCUGUGGAUAAUGGCGUGUCACAGACAGAUGGUGAAUCUAGGUACCAUAUAACUACAACCCUAAGCUCUAGAGUCGCUAAUCUCAACCCAGCUUGGAAUGAGAAUAACGUAAAUGUACAGGCCCAAUUUGAGAAGGCAAUGCAGCUGGUAGGAGGAGAGUUCAAAGACAGAGUGAACUAUUUCACCAACUCUUGGUGGCCUGCUAGAACACUAGUCGUAGAAGCAUUCAGCAAGCGCCAAGAGGUUGACCCUAGUGGGGAGAUUCUUCUCCUAGGAGAAGGUGGUUGCCCAUGGAAAGACCACCUGUUCCUCAUAGAGGCAGAACAGAACAUUACUCCAAGCAUAAAGUAUGUCCUCUUUACAGACCAAAAUGGAAAAUGGAGGGUACAGUGUGCACCUGCUGCCCUUGGCUCUUUCAAAAGCAGGUUGCCACUACCAGAGGAAUGGUGUGGACUCAGGGAUAAUGAAUUGUCGGAAAAAUCAGGAAUCCCAGGAGGCAUCUUUGUACAUGCCAAUGGAUUCAUCGGAGGAAACGAGACAUUUGACGGAGCUUUGGCAAUGGCUAGAAAGUCACUUAACAUGAGGACUUAAAAAUAUUCCAUUGUACAUUAGAUGUCUAUCAGAUAUUGACUUAUUUGCCCUUGUUACACCUCAGCUGCUAUUUAGGCACUGUGGCCCAGUCAGAGCUCUCUCUGAACUGAUUGUAGUCUAGCUACAAGCCUCUGUGACCCCCCAACGCCCCCCCCCCCCCCCUGACGUGACUACACAC